UAAAUUUUUAUUCAAAUUCUCACACAAAAGUAGACUAUUUUCUGUUCGACAGAAUGCGUAAAAGAAAGCAAUCCUCCGCCAAAUCACCCAAAACAACCGCCAACAGUAGCGGCGGCGCCGGUCAGAGUCCAUUUCCGGAUCAUUCUCGGCCGACCCAUGAAGAAUGCGUUUCCGUAAGAGAUGACCUCUUGUCCCUCCACGGAUUUCCCCCAGAAUUCUUGAAAUAUCGCAACCAAAGAUUGGAAGCAAAAUCUCAACUCAAAAAGGCCAAGCCUUUGGAAGAUGAGGGAGAAAAGGAUGGAAUUGAGAGUGUUUUGGAUGGUUUAGUGAAAACCAUACUUUCCCAAAACACCACUGAGCUUAAUUCUGAUAGGGCUUUUGCUUCACUCAAGAAAGCUUUCCCCACUUGGCAACAUGUUCUUGAGGCGGAGUCCAAACAUGUCGAGGAUGCAAUAAGGUGUGGAGGUCUUGCUCCGACAAAGUCUUCAUGUAUAAAGAACUUGUUGAGUGUGUUGCUUGAGAAAAGAGGGAAAUUGUGCAUGGAGUAUUUGCGAGAGAUGUCCAUUGAGGAGGUCAAGGCGGAGCUUUCUCUUUUGAAAGGAAUUGGUCCCAAAACCGUCUCGUGUGUCCUGCUGUUUAAUUUACAACACGACGAUUUCCCAGUGGACACACAUAUUUUCCAAAUAGCUAAGAGAAUGGGUUGGGUGCCAGGUGUUGCCGAUGUCAAGACCACAUAUCUCCAUCUCAAUCAGCGGAUUCCACCCGAACUGAAAUUUGAUCUCAACUGUCUUCUGUAUACUCACGCUUUUCUUGAAGGCUAUUCUUCCCGUGGUGGCUACACCCAAGAAGAAGACUUAUGGGAGAGUCGCAUAGCAGAAGCAGCUUACGCUGCUGAAGAUGUGAUCGAGUCCUAUAUUGUGGAUCAAAUUCUUGCUCGAUCUACAAACCAUAGCUCCACUGAGUUCCAUCAAGGUCUGCAAAGUGUGAUGGAAGAAAUGGAUUCGAUCAAGAUGGAGGUAAUGGAGAUUAAAAAGAUGAGAGUUAAGGUUCAUCUCCACUUCAUAAAGUCCCCGGCUAAUGUUAGCUUGCCUAGGUCUACGCAGAAGGUCACCAUGGUUGGUUUUGAUGAUUCUUUUUAUCAAAUGCUGGAGAAGAUCAUUAGAGGUCGGCUUGAUCGCCAAAUUAUCCCGAUCACUGGGAUGGGCGGGAUAGGCAAGACCACUCUUGCUCGAAAUAUCUAUGUAAGUCCGCUUAUCAAAGAUCAUUUUGAUGUCUGUGGGUGGUCUACAAUUUCUCAAGAGUAUAAUGCACGAGAAAUUCUCAGAAAAACUCUUGAUCAAGUAGAUAAGGACGGCAAGGGGAAUAGGGGAAAUUUGAGAGAAGAUGAAUUAGGAGAACAGUUGUACAAAUAUUUAAUAGGAAGGAGGUAUUUUGUUGUGAUGGAUGAUAUGUGGAACAUUGAGGCAUGGGAUAGAGUUAGGAGGUUCUUCCCGGAUAAUCAAAAUGGGAGCCGAAUAGUAGUGACUACAAGGCUAUCGAACUUGGCUUCUGAGCUUAAUUACUCGAACGGUCUUGAUAUGCAAUUUUUGGACCAGGCAACGAGUUGGAACCUAUUCUCCAAAAUUGUGUUUGGCAAAGAAAAUUGUCCACUCGAGUUAGAGAAUGUUGGAAAGAAGAUUGUGAGAGGUUGUAGAGGCCUUCCACUAUCGAUUGUUGUGAUUGGGGGAUUCUUAUCAAAGUCUGAACGAACACAAGAAAACUGGGGUUUUAUUGAAGAAAAUUUAAGUUCAAUUGUGAACUUGGAGGACGAUGAAACUUGCUUGCAGAUUUUAUACACGAGUUAUAAUAAUUUGCCGGUUUAUAUAAAACCUUGUUUUCUUUAUAUGGGAGUUUUUCCUGAAGAUAUGGAGAUUCAAGUCAGUUUAAUCAUCCCAUUAUGGGUUGCUGAGGGAUUUUUACAACCAAUUCAUGGGAAAAGUUUGGAAGAGUCAGCGGAAGACUAUAUAGAGGAACUUGUUGAUCGAAAUCUCCUUUUAGUCAUAAAUCGCAACCAUUAUGGAAAACUAAAAUCAUUCAAAAUCCAUGAUUUGUUGAGGGACGUGUGCUUGAGAGAAGCUCGAAAAUUAAAGUUUCUAUAUGUGUUGGAAGAGCAAAGCGUUCCACAAGGUAUAAAUUCUCAACGUCGUAUUGGAAGCUCGUUUGUGGCAUAUCCAACUCCACAACUUCUUCAAUCUCUGGACCCUUCCACAUCACGUGUUCGUUCUUGGAUAGGGCAAUUUCCCAAGACUUUAUCGAAUAAUUUUCGAUUGCUGAGGGUAUGUCUUUCUGAUGCAAUCUUUGCAGAAAAGGGAAGUGAAAAUGAAGAUGGGUUUUUACUUCGGCUGGUUAACUUGCGGUUUUAUCCUGUCGCUGGUAAGGACCAUCCGUUCAUAAAGAUUCCUCGUUCGGUUCAUUUUCUCUGGAAUUUGCAGACGGUACUUUUGGUCAAAGUUGGCCAUGAUUUCGUUUUCGAGAUUUGGAAGAUGCCGCAGCUUAGGCAUGUCAUGAGCAAUCCAAAAAAGCGUAAAGGUGCCUAUUAUGUCCCCGACCCUCUCAGUCGCGAAGAUAUGGUGUUGGAAAACCUACAGACGCUUUUGGUAGUAAGCAAUCUCAAGUUCGGUGAGGGAUUGCUUAGACGAAUCCCCAACAUUAAAGCGCUCAAGUUAUAUUACGACGAAAACUUGUUAAGUGGAGGAGAUGACUACUGCCUCAACAAUCUCUACCGUCUCCAAAAACUCGAGUCUCUUCGCCUUAAUUGUUCCGAAGAACACACACUUGUCGGUUUGGUGCGACAAGUGAGCUUCCCGAAUUCCCUCAAGAAGUUGACAUUGACAAACACCAAGCUCCCGUGGGAAGAUAUGAAGACGAAGAUAGGUUCGUUGCCCCUUCUUCAGAUUCUCAGACUGAAAGAUUAUUCCUUCGUUGGAUCUGAGUGGGAAACAUUUGAAGACCAAUUCUCUAGGCUCAAGUACUUGCUGAUUGAAAGUUGUGAUCUAGAGUGUUGGAUCACAGACAACACCCACUUCCCACGCCUCGUGCACCUUGUUCUCUGCGAUUUAUCGUUGUUGAAGGAGAUUCCUUCGAGCAUCGGAGAUAUACCAACGCUUCAAUCUAUAAAGUUGGAUAGCUGCAGUGAUUCUGUCGUGGAUUCGGCUCGAAGAAUACGAGAGGAGCAAGAGGAACUCGGCAAUGAAUUCCUUCAACUUCUUAUCUACUAAGUAUGUCAGUUAAGAGCUCAACUCUUCCUGCCUCUACUUUGUUAAGAGGGUAUGCAUUUAA